AUGCACGCCAUCCCAAACUGCCGCGUGGUCACCUUCGUGUUCAGACAUCGUGGCGCUUCCCGGUCCAAGCGUUCGGCCGAUGAGGACCAGAAGGCUGACGAUGCCUCCCUUAUCUCCACCUACGCCGCCCACCCCUUCGGCUACACGGCCGGCUACCCGUACGCCUACAACACGUACCCCACCGUGUACAACAGCGCUUACAACUACCCCACCACGUACGCCUACAACGGCUACAACGCCUACCACGCCUACACCCCGUUCGUGCACUCGCUGAAGAAGCGAGAUACCGCCGAGGCGGACCAGAAGGCUGAUGACGCCACCCUGAUCUCCACCUACGCUGCCCACCCCUUCGGCUACCGGUACGCCAACGCCGGCUACGCCACGCCAUAUGCUUUCCGCAGCGUGUACAACAUCCCGGCCAGCACCCACCCCAUCACCUACAACGCCUUCCCCUUACGGCUACCGCUCGUAUGUGUACUAGACGACGACGAUGCCGAGGAGGUUCUCCUGGCCGUGCUGGGCGCUGCUUCGGCCCAGUACCAGCUGUACACUGGCGCGUGGCCUUACACCGGGUACAACGCCCCGCUGGCGUACAACGCGUACCACGCGCCCAUCACCACGUACGCCGCCCAUCCCUUCGUCUACAAUGGCCUGCCGUACUCGUUCAAGCCCGUCGAGAAGGAGGAGCCCGCUGUCGAGUCUCGCUCCAAGCGUUCGGCGGAUGAGGACCAGAAGGCUGACGACGCCACCCUGUACUCCACCUAUGCCACCCACCCCUUCGGCUACACGGCCGGCUACCCGUACGCUUACAACGCGUACCCGACCGUGUACAACAGCGCUUACAACUUCCCUACCGCCUACGCUUACAACGGCUUCAGCGCCUACAACGGCUACACCCCGUUCGUGCACUCGCUGAAGAAGCGCGAUACCGCUGAGGCGGACCAGAAGGCUGACGACGCCACCCUGAUCUCCACCUACGCUGCCCACCCCUUCGGCUACCCAUACGCUCACGCCGGCUACUCCACGCCCUAUGCUUUCCGCAGCGUGUACAACACCCCGGCCAGCACCCACCCCAUCACCUACAACGCCUUCCCCUACGGCUACCGCUCCUAUGUGUACUAG